GUCAGAAUCGCACCCAGAGUGACAGCCAUUGGGGUUUACUAGCUUGCGAUAAGUUUAUCAUAACCUUUGGCCGGAGGGAGACUAAUGGAAUUUGCUUCUUAUGGCAUUAAGCUCGGAAAAACUUAACAAUUUGUUUUCAAAGUACAAGAAGUGGGUGAGCGAGAAUCCUCAACUCGUAAGCGAUGUAGAAACCACCGCCAAAUGGGUUUCCUAUUUCAUAGCAGGGCGUUUAUCCAACUCGACGGUCACCUCCGAGCUGAUUUAUUCUUUGUCCAAUAUUUUGGUGUUGUUCAAUGACCGAAUCAUCGAAAAAGCCAACACGGUCAACUGGCGGUCAGACGGCAAUGGCGACCGGAUAAAAGUGUUUCUAACCACACUGGAAUACUGCGAAGUUUUCAUCGAGUUGUCGGCAAAAAGCCUAUGGGGCCAGAGGGGCAAAUGGUUCAUAAUCGUGGUCGUGCAAGUCGUGAAGUCGAUUGCACGCUAUCUUCUCCUAAAGCAAUAUUCAGAGGAGAUAAUUCGAGUGCCUGCCAUUCCACAAUUGAACCGCAAGAAACUCGAAGAAGUCGCAGCCACACAGCCAACUGAUGAUUACUACGUGAGCCAAAGUGCAUUUUUCUUCAAGCUAAAACGAUCCGGACGCGUAAUUCGGAAAAUUGAAGGAGCUCCGCCACUACACCUUCGCACGUGGAAGCCACUGGAUACAGGGACCAAACGUGGAGUUCUAAAUACCCCGGAGUUAUCCAAUGCAGAAAUCUUGUACAUUGCGAAACCAUUGAUUCACUUGGGCGCAAUUCGCGUGUUUGGCUACAAAAGCUGGAAGAGCUACAGUUUGGCGCUCUUGUGUGAUUUGGCCAGCAUUCGAAUCUACUAUAACAACCGGCACCUGCUCAACAAACAGCAGAAGCUGGAGCUAUCGCGGCGAUGCGUCAAUUUGUUGCUCUACUUGAUGCGUUCACCGUUCUAUGAACGAGCUACGGAGAAGAGACUUUUGUCAUUCCUGACUUCGUUAGGAAACAACAUUCCAUUAUUGAAAAUGAUUUGCAACCCAUUGGCCCAAUACAUACCACAAUGGCAGGACACAUACUUCUACAUGUGGCCAACGUAAGACUUUUCCCGUAAGGAAACGUGCGAACAAAUAUAUUCUUUUUAACUUUUGGAUGUUAUUAGUGGUAAGGUGAGAGGCAAGAUUUAAUAUACGGGAAAUUAAAAAUGAGAAA